AAAUGUUUUUGGCUGAAGAAACUUCAAACGAAGGUCAAAAUCGAUCGUGAAGAAGACAAGACUGAAGAGAGGACCAGGCUAGAACUAGUACUCGCUCUAUGCAGGGAGAUCUAAAUAUCCAAACUCUGACUGUACCCUUUGUUGCUUGUAGUAUCUAGUUCAUUUGGUGGAGCUUCGCGACAGGUUAUUUCUCUGGCGACUAACCAUGCCCAAGCAGUGUCAACUCUGCCAGGGGAAAGCUGUACUCAAGAGGCCGAAAACUGGCCACCUUUUGUGCAAAGAGUGCUUCUUUCGUGCGUUCGAGGAUGAAGUACACAGGACGAUCGUGGAUAAUUCUAUAUUCUCCCGCGGAGAAGUUGUCGCAAUCGGUGCGUCGGGUGGUAAAGAUUCCACGGUCUUAGCAUACGUGCUGAAGGUCUUGAAUGAAAGACACGACUAUGGACUGAAGUUGGUGCUGCUAUCAAUAGACGAGGGGAUUACGGGAUAUCGAGAUGAUUCCUUGGAGACCGUGAAGCGCAAUGAAAAGCAGUAUGAGAUGGCCCUGAAGAUCGUGUCGUAUGAAGAGUUGUAUGGUUGGACUAUGGAUGCCAUUGUCAAGGAAGUUGGCUUGAAGAACAACUGCACAUUCUGCGGUGUGUUCCGCCGUCAGGCACUGGACCGGGGCGCGCUAAUGCUGAAGGUGGAUAAGAUCGUGACGGGACACAAUGCAGACGAUAUAGCAGAGACAAUACUGAUGAACGUGCUACGUGGAGAUAUUGCGCGUUUAGCACGGUGCACAUCAAUCUCCACUGGUACAGACGGAGCAUUGCCACGGUUAAAGCCAUUCAAGUACACAUACGAAAAAGAAAUUGUGAUGUAUGCAUACUUUAAGAAGCUGGACUAUUUCUCGACAGAAUGCAUAUAUUCUCCGAAUGCUUACCGUGGAUAUGCGCGGGCGUUCCUUAAGGACCUGGAGGCUGUGAGGGCAACGUCAAUCAUUGAUGUGAUUCACUCUGGAGAGUGCAUGGCUGUGCGCAAGGAAGUGAAGAUGCCAACGCAGGGGACGUGUCGUCAGUGUGGCUACAUUUCCAGUCAGGAGCUCUGCAAGGCGUGUGUGCUAUUGGAAGGGCUCAAUCGAGGCCUGCCGCGCCUUGGCAUAGGAAAGUCGAGCCGUGUGAAGAAAGCUUUGUCAGAAGCUCCAGCACCGAGUGCACAGGCAUCCUCUUCCGCUAAUGCGCUAGACUUUUAGACAGGUCAGACACGUGACAGACACUUGCACUGUGAUCUUGAGAAUUAGUUUAUUUUCCAUUGUUCCGUUGUACUCUGUUUAGGUAGGUUGAUGUGCUGGUGCCGGGGGGACUGUACCUGCGCACACAUCUGGGAUAUCAUUUUGGCAUCAUUUUUCGUAAACGGUCUCUGUUGAUGUUUUAGGUCGAUUUUAUGGAAACACUUGAAGUUGAACCAAAUCUUUUCUAAGUUUUUAUCAUCAUCUAACAUUCUCAUUUGCUUGACCUCGCAUUCUACAUGUACGUAGCACUAAUCAUAUUGGGAUUCAGCUUUAUUCCUUUGAGCACUUGUACAGGGGAGAGUUUUUAUAUUGUCAUGCGGCUGUAUGCUCUCCUUAGCUCGGCCUAUCCUUUCUAUUCUGUUCUCCUUUUCGUUCAGAUUUGUCUGACACGGAUCUCUUUAAAAGUUAUACACGUACAUUUGAAAUCUUUUAUUCUCACGAUGGCCUGUGGCCAAUAAGAGAACAUGUACUUUUACAUGACAUUGUAUUUGUACUGCCA